CAAUCUGUGGCUCCAGCCCGAACGCUACGUCAAUCUCCUGGCGUCGCAGCAAGUAGUGUCAACGUGGCUGCCUGCGGGCCACACGGCGAGGGGCCAGACAUCCUCAAGCAUCUUUCUUGCAGCGUUGCAUAGCUGGGCUGGCCACACGCCCGUCGUCGUCCUUGAGACGCCCCAGACUCGACUCCCAAGAUGCCACGGGGCCGUGCUUGUGUAUGGGUGCCCAGUCCGUGUCCGAUCCGAGCUAGGGGUCGUCAUCCCAAGUCCUGUCGUUUGUCAAUGCUACUCCGUACCACCCCUCGCCACAGCGCCGCCGCCAAUCACGUCGUCGCAAAACAAAACCAGUGCCCAGCCGUCUUGCCAACGUCACGGCCCAAUCAUCCUCUAUCCCGUCACGAACGGAUGGGGAACAUGCCCCUAUCAAGAUUGCUAGUGCUCACUGCGAACACCCCGUGUCCCGUUGCCAGCCGCUUCGGGCAUCCAACUCAUCCGAGGCGGCACAGCCAAGCCGAUGUCAUUCCGCCCAUCCAGCCGUCCGCCAUCUUGGCAGGCGUGGAUCACUCCAAAAGAAGGCCUCACUCCUCCGGGCCACACCCAGUCCAGUGCUGGUUGAGCUCGGCCUCGAGUGCGAACAGCGCGGGUCGGGGAAACUCGAGAAAUGAGACUGGGCCUUUUCCCUUUCGUACCGUACAAUCUCUCAAAAGCUCCCCUGCUGGUUAGCACGACAUGACCUUCCUUCUGGUGUAACUCCUGUUCUGACCGGGUGCCGAGGACAGGCUGGAGCAUCAUCCUGCAAGGCGAGAUGGCGACAUUGCUGCGACGAGACCAUAUGCCAUGAUGGCUUAUAGGCCCCAUAAACAGCAAGACAGUAGUACCCCGAGGUUUCCAAACCACACAGCUUUUCCAUAAGAAUCCAAUUAUGUCGUCUCAAGACCUGGCUGUUUCUGAAUCAGAGAUCU